ACACCACACACACCACCCUACAAUGUCCGGGAUGGGCUCCCAAGGCCCAAAUCCCACCAGACCAGACGAAUCGAGGGGCAGACGGUUGGAGAGGGCUUGACUGGUGGGACUGGCCGACGAGGGUCGCCGGCACCCUGGUCUGGUUACGGGUGGGUGUACUGCCCUCCAACCAGGGUGUCAACUUGCAGAUUGCUAUGGAUGGUGGUAUGCGUCUCGCCUCGGGAUGCUACGCGUUCAUGGAUGUCGUCCACAGGAGAAUGUUUCUCUUCCAACCUUGAUCUUCUCUCAGAUUCACUCCAGGUCCCGGUGCGCCAAUUCUCCGACAACUGUCACUCGGCACUGCACUUGCACCGUCACAGCUAG